GGGGGCGAGCACUGCCAUUCUGUAUUAGUUAUAUUAUGUAAUUACUUCCAUUACCCAUCUUCAUCAAGACAUGGAACUAGCAAAGUAUUUUAUAUAAGUUAAUUUGGAUGUUUGGCCAAUGUGUAGAGGGGAGUUAUUUAAAAACGCUAGGUUAGUUCUCGUCUCUUUGCGAUAGCCGACUACCAGUGAGAUUUAAGAUUACUGCUAAUAUUUCUCCUCUUCACGUUAGCGAUUCAUUGAAGAGAAUAAUGAACAAGUUCAUAAAUCAUGGGAAUUAGAAUCGAUAGGCAUCAAUCCAACUGCUCCAUCUGUAGAAGAUGAUCGUGUUUACAAAAGAUUACAGCAUGAUUUCAUUUCUGAACAUAUGUUUGAUCUUAUUGUACUUGAAAUCAAGUUCUGUCGAAGCAAAUGAUGUAGACGUCACACUGCCGGGUGGAGCUGUUUUGCGAGGAACAACAGAGUAUACCAUCAGGAAAGGGAGAAAAUAUUAUGCAUUUAGAGCCAUUCCUUAUGCACAGCCUCCACUGGAGAGACACCGUUUUAUGCCCACCUUGCCAGGAUUCGAAUGGGAAGGAGUGUUUGAUGCAACACAACCAGGAAGACCAUGUGCUCAAGCUGCUUUGGGGAUUAUGGAAGGCACUGAAGACUGUCUUCAUUUGUAUGUUUACACUCCAAAGUUACACACUGAAGAGAAGAAUUCAUCAUCACUUCCUGUCAUUGUUUGGAUUCACGGAGGAUCAUUUGUGGUGGGAUCAGCUGCUGUAAUCCAAGAAUCCUUUUUAAUGGAAAGAAACGUAGUGCUUGUUAUUCCCCAGUAUCGUCUUGGUUAUCUAGGCUUCUUAAAGACACAAAGAGGAUUUGCUGGUGGUAAUAUGGGAUUACUUGACCAGCAAGCAGCACUCACUUGGGUCCAGAAAAAUGUGGCUGCAUUUGGAGGCGAUCCUAAUCGAGUCAUUCUCGCUGGAGAGGACGCUGGUGGCGCUGCUGCUCUGUACCAUAUGUUGUCUCCCUUGUCAGAAGGACUGUUCAACGGGGUGAUAUCAUUUUCUGGAUCGCCACUUGCCCCAUGGGCGUACAUGAGGCAGGAGCAUCGUUUCAACUUAAUGGUUGCCAACUUUGUGAAGUGCCCAUCAUACGAUCCAGAACUCAUGGUGAAAUGCUUCCAGGAAACUGACGUCUUUGAAUUGCUGAAUGGAACUCAGAUGUUAAUGGAGAGCCGUGAUCCCGUUGUGGGCAAUAACAAAAUUGGCCCAGUUGCUCAAGAUUCAGCUUAUGCCAAUGAGACAACACUGUUCCUGCCAGAUCAUCCACUAAAGUUGCUCUCAGCAGGAAAAAUACAUCAAGUGCCUGUUGUCAUGGGUGUUACCAGAGAUGUGGGAGGUUAUCUUGUAGACAUGCUAUUGUAUGAUUUUAUCCGAUUCCAUCUGGAGGAAAAUCCGAGGUACUUGGAAGGACUUCUUAUUAUGCUUAUUAAGGAAUGUGAUAUUCGUAAUGCAAGUUUGCACGAAAAAGAAUUCAGAGACUUCUACUUCCCGAACAAUGAGUUUCAUGAUCUUGAAUCACUUCUGCCAGGUCUUAUGAAGAUGCUAGGUGAUAUUCAUUACAAAGCAAGUAUCCUGAGUACAGCAGGACUUCUGUCAGAACAUGUUCCAACUUGGGUUUACAGAUUUGAGUAUGAAGGAGGACCCAAUUUGUUUAAUAUAAGAUUCUCAGAUUCAUCGUCUGCUCCACCUAUGCCUCCUACAGUUGGACAUGGCGAUGAAGUAAUACAUAUUCUUCCAGAAGUGAACAUUGACUACACUCCAAAUCAACGAGAUAUGAGUGAAGAUUUGUUGAAUAUGGUUGAAAAUUUUGCAUACGGCAGGUUACCAGUUCGAAACUGGCCUCUCUUUAACCUUGAGACGUAUGACACACUUGUUUGGAAGGCAGAUGGUACUACGACUUUAAAGCCCUUUGCUACACCAGAGACAAUCGAGAUGUUGAGGAAUAUUCACUUAUAUCAUCAUGAGAAAAUUUUAAAUUCCUUGAGAGAGGAAUCAUUACAAGCUACUGCUGACAUUGUACAUGAAGAGUUAUAAUGACAUCGUUAUAGUAUGUUUCACACGAAAUAAAUAAUGAAAGCUUUUUUUAUCAUAUUCAUUGGGGCAGAACCAAGUAUACAUAACAUGCAAUCAUAAGUAACGAAUAUCUGAACAACAUUACCAAACGAUUCUCAAACUCUCAAAAAAAAAAGACAGCCUCAAACUCUCAGUAAGAAAAGACUGUCACAACCACUUGCUCAUCUACUGAUUUGUUGCUUUCAUAUCACUGUUAGUCCAAUUGGUAAUAAAAAAAUAAAAAAUAAAAUCUGAGUACGUAUUAGGUUAUUAUUCUGUAAUCUGGAAAUGACUUUCUUUGCAUUUCUUCAGUAGGCAGAUGUAGUUUAUUGUCAUCUCUUUGAUACCUCAUUUUUUUAUUUUCGUUUUAUUGCAUCAGCCUUAUUGUAUACAUUCAUAUUGAACUGUAUUUUCAAAAGCUUUAAUGUAAUGUGAGACCAUAGAA